AUGUCUUCACAGCAGGUACAACCUGGCCCGGCUGGUCCAACCACCAUUCACCAGCAACCAAUCGUUCACAAUGUGUUUGAGCGCAACACGGGGACAUGGCAAUAUGUCGUUGUGGACCCAGCAACUGCAAAAGCAGUCAUCAUCGACCCGGUCCUAGACUAUGACCCCUGCACGCAGAACAUCACAAGCGCCUCGGCGGAUGCUCUGCUAGCCUUGGUCAAGGAGAAGGGCUAUACCAUUGAGAUGAUUCUCGAAACACACGCUCAUGCCGAUCAUUUGACUUCAUCGUCGUACUUGCAAAAGAAGCUGGCUUCAACCCAAGGCUUCAAGCCACCCAUUGGCAUUGGGAAGCGGAUCGAACAAGUGCAACAGACAUUUGGCCCACGCUACGGCCUCGCGCCGGAUGAAUGGGCGGGUGUGUUCGAUAAGCUCUUUGACGACGAUGAAGUGACCCCCGUGGGCCAAAUGAUGGUCAAAGCGAUGCAUCUUCCUGGCCACACCCCAGACCAUUUGGGCUAUCAGAUUGGAGACAAUGUAUUUUGUGGCGAUUCUCUCUUCCACGCGGACAUUGGAUCCGCACGAUGCGAUUUCCCCGGUGGCGAUGCUUCCCAUCUCUUUGAAUCCGGGCGAAAACUACUCAGUCUGGAAGAUCAUGUGAAGAUCUGGCCAGGCCACGAUUAUCCCCCCGCUGGCGGUCGAGAACCGGUGGCUUGGAUGACGGUGGCGGAUCAACGACAGCAGAACCAACAUCUGCGGGACAGGGUCACUCGGGAUGAAUUUGUGAAGAUGCGGAGGCAGAGAGAUGCACAUUUGAAGGCGCCCAGGUUAUUGCAUCAGUCUCUUCAGAUCAAUAUUCGGGCGGGGCGACUGCCCAAGCUGGAGGAGUCAGGACACCGACUGCUUCGGUUGCCAUUGAAUCUGAACGGCCUUGAUUGGUAA